GCGGCGGAUUUCACAACCGCUCUGUUACUUCGCGAGCAACUUGGGCUAAAAAAAAAAAAAAUCCGACACCGGUCAAAGAGCAAAGAAGUCGAUUUAUUAUUAUUAUUAUUAUUUUAAUAUGUAUAAUAUGUACUAAAUAAAAAUUCGAAAAAUUGAAAAGACAACAGAAAUAUAUUUUUAAAAUAAUAAUAGGAGAAUUAUUAUUUUUUGAGAGAGACAGAGACAGAGACAGAGAGAGAGAGAGAGAGAGAGAGAGAGAGAGAGAGAGAGAGAGAGAGAGAGAGAGAGAGAGAGAGAGAGAGAGAGAGAGAGAGACAGAGAGAACAAUGAAGGGUGAACCACAACCGGCCAACACCGCUGACAUACGGGUAUCCAUAACCCGGAUACAGCCGACGAAGAAAUCGCUCGUGGAGGCUUACAUUCUAGCGGUGACUUUGGGAAUACUCGGAGCACAUCACUUCUACCUAAGGCGGCCAUGGUUCGGAAUCGCCUAUUUGUUCACGUUCGGGUUGUUCGGAAUCGGCUACGUCGUCGAUUUGUGCCGAAUGCCGUGUCUUGUCGCCGCCGCCAAUCGUAAAAUCAGAGACCCCGAGAAAGAGUCGGAAAAGGACUUGGUCGACGCUUAUCUGUUAUGGUUCCCGUGUGGAAUUUUAGGAUUCCACCUGUUCUACCUGAACAAACCUGGGCAGGGAGUGUUCUAUUUCUGCACCCUUGGUUGCUGUGGUGUCGGCUGGCUGAUCGACAUGUGUCGAAUCCCAUUCCUCCUCAAAGAAGCCAACGAAAACCCGCCUGGGUAUAAACCGAAGAAAUCGCUUUGCGUCGCCUACCUCCUGGGACUGUCGCCUUUUGGACUGAUUGGCGCUCACCAUUUUUACUUGGAAAGACCUCUGUACGGUCUGACGUACACGUGGACGUUCGGACUGCUGGGCGUGGGUUACGUCGCAGACUGGUUCCGAAUGCCGUUCCUCGUCGAACGAGCCAAUAAGAUUGCCGACAGACAGGAAGAUCCCGACCGGAAGUUCGUCGACGACGUCUACAUCCUGUGGUUUCCUUUUGGAAUUCUGGGAUUCCAUCACUUCUACCUGCGGCGCUUCGUGUGGGGAUUUCUGUACAUGUGUACGUUCGGCUUGUUCGGGGUCGGCUGGAUCAUCGACGGCUGUCGUCUGCCUUGUCUUGUGAAGGACUUCAACGAGGCUGCAGAGGAACGGAAGCGACUCUUGGCGCAGGCGCAGUCGCAGAUGCCGGGCUGUGGUUCACAGGUAGUUAACGUGGUAGUCACCGGUGGACGCGGAGACAUAAUGGCGUACCCAAGACAGAGCUUUGCAGCAGGGUGUGGCUAUCAGAAUCCAGGAUACUACCCCCCGACGUAUAUGCAGUAUCCUCAGCAAGGUCAGGGUCAAGGUCAAGGUCAACUUCAAGGUCAUCCACAGCCAGGAUUGUACCCAACAGCCGCGUUAGAAGGUUCGGUUCCUGCUGCAUUCGACAGUGCCCGCAUAGCCCCACCCAGCUAUGAGGAGAGCGUGUCUGUUAAACCUUCCCUGCCACCCAGUUGAGCAGAUAAAUUGCUAAUACUCGUAGCCUAUCACGUGAUUAUUUUGUACAUUAACCGUAUUUAUUAUAGAAAUCAGACGCCUUAUAACCGUAAAUAAAAUGUAUUGAAUGCGUCGUUAAAUAAAACAUUUCCUUCUUUUUAUUAUAGAAACCAACA